UGACGUCACUGUUUGCGGAAGUGCCCGGGCGGAGCCGGGUGUCCCUGUCCCCAUGGAGCUGCUGUUCGGGCGCCGGAGGACGCCGGAGGAGCUGCUGAGGCAGAACCAGCGCGCUCUGGCCCGCGCCGUGCGGGAGCUGGACCGCGAGCGGCAGAAGUUGGAGGCGCAGGAGAAGAAAAUCAUCGUGGACAUCAAGAAGAUGGCCAAGCAGGGCCAGAUGGACGCGGUGCGGGUGAUGGCGAAGGACCUGGUGCGGACGCGGCGCUACGUGCGCAAGUUCAUCGCCAUGCGAGCCAACGUGCAGGGGGUGGCGCUGCGGGUGCAGACCCUGAAAUCCAACAGCGCCAUGGCCAGCGCCAUGCGCGGGGUGACACGGGCCAUGGCCACCAUGAACCGGCAGCUGAAGCUGCCCCAGAUCCAGCGGAUCCUGCUGGAAUUCCAGAAGCAAUCCGAGCUCAUGGACAUGAAGGAGGAGCUGAUGAACGACGCCAUCGACGACGCCCUCGGGGACGAGGAUGACGAGGAUGAGAGUGACGCCGUGGUGUCGCAGGUCCUGGACGAGCUGGGGCUGAACCUGACGGACGAACUGGCCACGCUGCCCCCCCCGGGGGGGUCCCUGGCGGCGGGGGAGGGGCGCGGGGGGGCCGAGGCCGCCUCGGCCGCUUUGGCCGACGCCGACGCCGACCUGGAGGAGCGGCUGAAGAACCUGCGGCGGGACUGA